GAUUCAAACGUCUGACUUUCUGAAUUGCAGAGAAUUGAUCACAAUGAGAUAUCAUUCUCCUUCUCUCAGUGUGGGAGGGGAUUCUCUCACAGCCUACCCGCAGACACGCCUGUGAGUUCACAGUGGGGAGAGGCCAUUCACCUGCUCUGUGUGAGGGAGGGGAACUACUCAGUCAUCCAGCCUGAAGAUACAUCAGCAAGUUCACACCACAGUGAGAUGCUCCACCUGUUCUGCAAGUGGGAAGCCAUUCAUUCCAUUGUCGAUGCUGAAGAUAUAUCCUAAAGUUCACCAGUGAGAGGACAUUGACCUGCUCGGAUGGUGGGAAGACAUUCACACGCUCAACCAGACCACAGUGACACCAAUGAGUUCACACCGGGGAGAAGCUAUUCACCUGCUCUGAAUAGGUGAAGUUAUUCACUCACUCGUCCACACUACAUAGACACCAGCGAGUUCACGCUGGGGAGAGGCCAUUCUCCUGCUCCUGAAAGGAGUGAAAUCACCUGCUGCAACAUCAGUGAGUUCACACUGGGGAGAUGCCAUUCACAUGCUCAGACUGUGGGAAGAGAUUCACUCAGUCAAAUCACCCGCUGCAACAUCAGUUAGUUCACACUAGGGAGAUGCCGUUUACAAGCUCAGACUGUGGGAAGGGAUUCACCCAGUCAUCUCAACUGAAGGAGCAUCAGCGAGUCUACACUGGGGAGAAGACGUUCACUUGCUCUGAAUGUGGGAAAGCAUUUGCUCGGUCAUCUGAACUGAAGGUACAUCAGCGAGUUCACACUAGUGAGAGGCCGUUCACCUGCUCAGACUGUGGGAAAGGAUUCGCUCACUCGUCCAACCUGCAGAGACACCAGCGAGUUCACACUGGGGAGAGGCCAUUCACAUGCUCUGCAUGUGGGAAAGGAUUCACCCAGACAGCUCAACUGAAGUUACAUCAGCGAGUCCACACUGGGGAGAGGCCGUUCACUUGCUCUGAAUGUGGGAAGGUAUUUGCUCAGUCAUCUGAACUGAAGGUACAUCAGCGAGCUCACACUGGGGAGAGGACGUUCAGCUGCUCAGAAUGUGGGAAAGGAUUCAUUCGUUCAUCUCAACUCUUCAGACACCAGCAAAUUCACACUGGGGAGAAACCAUUCAUCUGCUCAGAACGUGGGAAGGGAUUCACCGAUUCAGUUCAUCUGAAGGAACAUCAGUUUGUUCACACUGGGGAGAAGCCCUUCGUCUGCUCUGAAUGUUGGAAAGGAUUCACUCGGUCAUCUCAACUGAAGUUACAUCAACGAGUUCACACUGGGGAGAGGCCAUUCAUCUGCUCUGAAUGUGGGAAAGGAUUUGCUCGGUCAUCUAGUCUGAAGGUGCAUCAGCGAGUUCACACUGGGGAGAGACCAUUCACAUGCUCUGAAUGUGGGAGGGGAUUCACUCAGUCAUCCCAACUGAAGUUACAUCAGCGAGUUCACACUGGGGAGAGGCCAUUCAUCUGCUCUGAAUGUGGGAAAGGAUUCAGUCGUUCAUCUCAGCUCUCGAGGCAUCAGCAAAUUCACAAUGGGGAGAAACCAUUCUGAGGAAAUGCGGAUAUAUAAAAAAUUAUUUUGAACCGAAGUAACCUCUAGAUAAAAGAAUAAUUAGGACUGAACAGGAAUUUUUGAACUAAAAUAAACUCUUUCUUCAGUAGUUAAGAAAGUAAGCGGCUUAUACUGGUUUCUUUUUAAUUGUCAGAAGGACAUUGAGAAUUUGAUAAUAUAUAUUGUACUCGUGUUUGAGUCAGGACUCAUCGAUAAGGACAGCAAUGAACAUCUGUCUGGAAUGAAGUCAGGUCCUUGCAAAGGGAAUAGCUGAUAAGGACUGGACUGUAUAUCCAUCUAUAUUCAAGCCUUGAGUUAGUGCACUCUGUUACCUAAGACAUUAAGUUUUGCACCAACAGACUUGGUGGGUGUACCAGUUCUAAUAGCAGCUUGCAACAGUGAUGUAUGGGGCUUACUAUGUAUGAAUAUACUGCUGUAACCUGACUGAGAGAGUCCACUUGUCAGAUGGUUGGCAGCACUGACAUGCCUUCCCUUUGAUAACUGGGUUUCAAACUCUUGCAAGAGAAUCCAAUAAACUGUGGUGCCGAGAGGAAACUGGUCUCCCGAGUUUAACAUUGGACGUCACGAACAGGAUCCCAAUACAAAGCAGACAGACUGAGUAAGCGGCCGGACCACUCCGGGGACUGCAGAGACCGACCGGGCGCCCAACGGGUAUUUCACCUUUUGUCGCUCUCCGUCAGUUCCUGUGGAGGCACGGUUCCUCGCUGAGGGCUGCUUGCAUAUCUUGACGGGAUCGGGAAAGUAUCUGUCGGAAGACUUGUAUAAGGUAGGCAAAUUUUAUUAAUUGAGUAGGAGGCGGUACCGGGUGAAUUUUACUAACUGGGCAGGAGGCAGACGUGCUGGGUAAAUUUAUCAA